CAAAUGACAACAUUUAUGUUUGCCUCCUGCAUUAACUCCCAUUUGGUGAAGUGGAAACUGAACAAAUGAAAGCCAUGCUGGAAACAAUAGAUACACACCGUGCCCUCCUGGCAGUAGAACGCCUGCAGGCAAAGUUACGGGAACGAGGUGAUACAGCAAAUGAAGAGAAGUUGAGCUUGCUGAAAUCAGUGUUGCAAAGUCCUUUGUUCAAUCAAAUCCUAAAUCUUCAGGCUUCGCUUCCACAGUCAAGAGAUCAGGGAAAUGUUGCACCUUCUGCCUCUUCGUCUGUGGAGCUCCUGCAGGUUCCUCAUCAUAGUACCGUUGAGGGUUCUUCACUCCACAAUGAAUCCUAUUUGUUGGCUCAGCAGAACGGCAAUCUUUCCAGUGGGCUAGGGAUUGCUGCACGGUCUGUCACCCCUCAGUUUAAAGGAAAGUCUGCCAAUGAUGAAUUUGAAAUACUGAUCAGAAAUAUGGCGCAGGGCCGUCUUGUUGAGACUAUAGAACUUGUAAAACCUGUAAGUGGUGGUCUAGGCUUUAGUGUAGUUGGCCUGAAGAGUGAAUACAGAGGUGAACUGGGCAUAUUUGUGCAGGAGAUUCAAGAUGGAAGCGUGGCACAGAGAGAUGGAAGGCUGCAGGAAGCAGAUCAAAUUCUUGCCAUUAAUGGGCAACCCCUUGAUCAGACAAUUACACAUCAACAGGCUAUCGGCAUUCUUCAGAAAGCAAAAGAUAGUGUCCAGCUGGUUGUGGCCAGGGGCUCCUUGCCUCAGCUCAUUAGCCCUAUCGUUUCUCGGUCUCCAUCAGCUGCUAGUACAAUUUCAGCCCAUUCCAAUCCGGUCCAUUGGCAGCAUGUGGAGACCAUUGAGUUGGUGAAUGAUGGAUCAGGUUUGGGAUUUGGAAUUGUGGGUGGAAAAUCAACUGGAGUGAUCGUUAAAACAAUCCUUCCUGGAGGAAUAGCUGAUCAGCAUGGUCGGCUACACAGUGGAGACCACAUCUUGAAAAUAGGUGAUACAGAUCUGGCUGGAAUGGGCAGUGAGCAAGUAGCGCAUGUGCUGAGGCAGUGUGGAAACAGAGUGAAGUUGGUGAUAGCCAGAGGACUGAUAGAAGAGCCUGCUCCACCAGCUGUUCCUCCAGGCACCCCAGUUCAAACAUUCAUGAUGGAUAAGCAGCGAGAUGAAGAGACACAGAGUGAAAAUCUUGCAGAUGGAAACACAUUUGAUGUUGAUCUUACAAAAAACAUCCAAGGGUUGGGAAUAACUAUUGCUGGCUAUAUUGGAGACAAAACCUCAGAACCUUCUGGGAUUUUUGUAAAGAGUAUCACAAAAGGCAGUGCAGUUGAGCAGGAUGGUAGAAUCCAUGUUGGGGACCAAAUUAUUGCAGUGGAUGGAACAAACCUUCAGGGCUUUACCAACCAGCAAGCAGUGGAGGUUCUGCGGCACACUGGCCAAGCAGUCCAACUUACACUGGUCAGAAGAGGUCCUAAACAGGAAAGUCACAUUCAAGCUCAUGAAGAUGUCAGCGGUGCAGUGGAAAAGGAUUUGAUUUUCCAAACAAUGGAUAUUGGUAUAGGGAAAGAAAUCAGUGAAAAAGAGCAGAAAUCUCCAUUACUGUCAUGCAGUACCAGUGUGGUUCAUAUUGGAGAAGAAACUGGUCCACAGCAAUCAGAAAGAGUAAUUCAGCUGUCCUCCAUGGAUGAAGAAGUGUCAUUGCAAAACAAAUGGCAAGCAAUUUUGGGGGCAAAUUAUGAGAUUGUGGUGGCUGAUGUGAACAAGUUUAGUGAAAGCAGCGGACUGGGGAUAAGCUUAGAAGCUACAGUGGGACAUCAUUACAUACGAUCUGUUUUGCCUGAAGGGCCAGUUGGACUAUGUGGCAAGCUUUUCAGUGGGGAUGAGUUACUAGAAGUAAAUGGAAUAUCAUUGCUUGGAGAAAAUCACAAGGAUGUAGUAAAUAUUUUAAAAGAGCUGCCAAUCAAAGUUACAAUGGUGUGUUGCCGUGCAGCUCCACCAGCUACUCAAUCAGUAAUGGACAAGUCUCUGAUGACAGAGCAGCCUCAUAUAGACCUCAGUGGACUCCUUGGCUCUUCAGAAACAGAUGAUGCUCACUUCGAAAUGACUUCUAUGGGCCAGAAUACAGAUGAGGUUCAAGGAUCAUCUUUGGCAAUGUGGGAAACAGAAAUACAGCAAAUUGAACUAGAAAAAGGGAGCAUGGGACUAGGGUUUAGUAUAUUAGAUUACCAGGACCCAGUGGAUCCUGCAAAUACAGUGAUUGUGAUCCGCUCUCUAGUUCCUGGGGGUAUUGCUGAAGAAGAUGGCAGACUUCUCCCAGGAGACAGGCUCAUGUUUGUCAAUGACAUCAACUUGGAAAAUGGCAGCCUGGAGGAAGCUGUGCAAGCACUAAAAGGAGCACCAGUGGGAACAGUUAGAAUAGGAGUCUGUAAACCAUUGCCUCUUUCACCAGAAGAGGGCUAUGUGUCUGCUAAGGAAGAUUCCCUUUUCUACACUGCCCAGUCCUUUGAGGAGGAGGGGCUAGCUGAUUCAGCCCUCUUCCACGCUGAGCUGGCUCUGGUGGACUCAAGUGAGGCAGAUCUAGUGGAAGAAUCCACCUUUGAAUCACAGUAUUCCCCAGACAAUGAUGGUACGUUCCAGUCUUCAGUUCCAGUUCUGCCUGGCAGUGCCUGUACCGACGAUCUGAAGCAUAACCCCUCACUACCCUUUUCGACUCCCAAGACCAUUUGCAAGGAACAUUCAGAUGUCUCAGUCAAUUACCACCAGGUAUCAGAACAAAAUCUAUACGCCAUGGAUCUAAUGCAAAGAGGAUUGGAGAGCAAAUCUUCUUCAGAUGUGUGUAUGGAAAAGCCUCCUGAACCUUUUCUUGUGAACCCAACGGCACAUUCUUCUAAGACACAAGUUGAACAUGAAAACCCAAGUAAUUGGAGAGAGUCUCAGUUAACAUCUGAAGUAUCACACAGUACACAGUUAACUUCCAGACUGCCAUCUGAUUCCACUGGGAAAGAUCAAGUAUUCUCGAUGGAAAAUAAUAGUGUAACACACACUGGGAGGUGUUCUACAACCCCAAACGCAAGCAAGAGCAAGUUUGAGAGGACUAUUACUAUUACAAAAGGCAAUUCAAGUUUAGGAAUGACAGUAAGUUCCAAUAAAGAUGGCUCAGGGAUGAUAGUCCGUAGCAUCAUCCAUGGUGGUUCCAUUAGUCGAGAUGGACGGAUUGGUGUGGGGGACUGCAUAUUGUCUAUCAAUGAAGAAUCCACCACUAAUUUAACGAAUGCACAAGCAAGAGCCAUGCUGAGAAGGCAUUCUCUUAUUGGACCAGAUAUAAACAUUACCUAUGUGCCUGCAGAGCAAUUAGAAGAAUAUCAGGCCAGUUUGGGGCAGCAGCCAGAAGGAACUAUGCCGGUAGAUGUUAUCUCUUCACAUGCUGUGAGAGAAAUUCCAGAACUGCCUGAACGUGAAGAAGGGGAAGGAGAAGAAAGUGAACUUCAGAAUGCAGGCUACAAUAACUGGAACCAGCCAAGACGAGUUGAGCUCUGGAGAGAGCCUAACAAGUCCCUGGGAAUCAGCAUUGUUGGUGGACGAGGAAUGGGAAGCCGUCUGAGCAGUGGUGAAGUCAUGCGAGGAAUAUUUAUCAAACACAUUCUUGAUGACAGUCCUGCCGGCAAAAAUGGAACCUUGAAAACAGGAGAUAGAAUAGUGGAGGUGGAUGGAAUUAACCUCAGAGAUGCAAGCCAUGAACAAGCUGUGGAAGUCAUACGAAGAGCAGGCAACCCUGUAGUCUUUAUGGUACAAAGCAUUAUACACAGACCAAGGAACCUCCCUAUGCCUUACCUGCAACACAAACCUUUCAGUAAGCCUCCUGCCUUCAGCAGCACUAACCCUUUUGUUGAUCCUCUGCAACCCAGCACUAACAAGGACAUGCAACAUCCAAUUAGAUUUACCUCCAGUUGUUCCCCAUGUAACCCUUUUGCUCCUGCACCAUUUAAGGCAUCCAGCCAGUCAGAUUCUGAGCCGGAAAAGACUUUAUCUUGUAACUUGCCUCAGCCACCUCCUUCGGUAUCUCCAGGAAUGAGCAGUGAAGUUGUGCAGCAGUCCUUUAACAAACACCUGGAAGAUUUGGACAAGGAAGAUGAGUUUGGGUACAGCUGGAAAACGAUACGUCACCGUUAUGGGAAUCUGUCAGGAGAUCUGCAUAUGAUAGAGCUGGAGAAAGGGAAAGCUGGGUUAGGACUCAGCCUGGCUGGGAACAAAGACCGAUCCAAGAUGAGCGUUUUUGUUGUGGGAAUUGAUCCAAAUGGAGCAGCUGGAAAAGACGGCAGGCUGCAGAUUGCAGACGAGUUACUAGAAAUAAAUGGACAGGUUCUGUAUGGAAAGACUCACCAGAAUGCAUCUUCAAUAAUCAAAUGUGCACCUUCUAAAGUAAAAAUAAUAUUUAUCAGAAACAAAGAUGCUGUCCAUCAGAUGGCUGUUUGUCCUGGGAAAUCAGUAGAGACUUCAGCUUCCUCUUCUGGGACACUUCAGCAUGAAGAGAGUGAAGCAAAUCUUCCAAGUUCUGUUCUGCCUAUAGACUUGAGUUUAUAUAAGAAUCUUAAAAAUAUUGAACUGCCUAAGGAUCAAGCUGGCAUAGGCAUUGCCAUUGGUGAAGAGGAUACACUUAAUGGUGUGAUCAUUCAGAAUUUAACAGAGCAUGGUACAGCGCGAAAGGAUGGUCGUAUUAAAGUUGGAGAUCAGAUUUUAGCAGUGGAUGAUGAAAUUGUUGUGGGAUACCCUAUAGAGAAGUUUAUCAGUUUGCUGAAGAUACCCAAGUCUACUGUGAAACUCACUAUCAAUUCAGCUGAACAGGAGACUCAGACAGCAGCUCAUCCACAACUACCCAUUUACAGCAAUACUUCAGGGGAGAAAACUAAUAUCCAGCAGUCAGCAGCUAUUCUACCUCCUGAAUCACCAGAACCAGAGUCUAUUAAAAAUACAAGCAGGUCCUCUACUCCAGCCACAUUGGCCUCUGAUCCAGCUACAUGCCCAAUCAUCCCAGGCUGUGAAACUACAAUCGAUAUCUCCAAGGGGCACACGGGUCUCGGUUUGAGCAUUGUCGGAGGAGCAGAUACAUUGCUGGGAGCAAUUAUUAUUCAUGAAGUGUAUGAAGAGGGAGCAGCAUCCAAAGAUGGAAGGCUCUGGGCUGGUGACCAGAUCUUGGAGGUGAAUGGAAUUGACCUCAGGAGUGCAACACAUGAUGAAGCCAUAAACGUUCUGAGACAGACACCUCAGAAGGUCCGCCUAACUGUUUAUAGGGACGAAGCCCAAUAUAAGGAAGAAGACAUGUAUGAUGUACUUAGCAUAGAGUUACAAAAGAAGCCAGGCAAAGGCCUUGGACUCAGUAUUGUUGGGAAAAGAAAUGAUACUGGAGUGUUUGUAUCAGACAUUGUCAAAGGAGGUAUAGCAGAUCUGGAUGGGAGGCUAAUGCAAGGAGACCAGAUCUUAAUGGUGAAUGGUGAAGAUGUUCGAAAUGCUAACCAGGAGGCAGUGGCUGCUUUGCUAAAGUGCUCGUUAGGUACAGUCAGACUAGAAGUUGGAAGAAUAAAGGCAGGCCAGUUCCACUCGGAGAGGAGAACAUCUCAGAGCAGCCAGGUCAGUGAGGGAAGUGGCAGCCUUUCAUCCUUCAGUUUCCCAGGUUCUGGAUCUAACCCUCCUGAAAGCUAUGAAAGCAGCCUGAAGAAGAAUUCCUUAGCAUCUGAAAUACAAGGAUUAAGAACAGUUGAAAUUAAAAAGGGCCCUUCAGAUUCACUGGGAGUUAGUAUCGCUGGAGGAGUAGGAAGCCCCCUGGGAGAUGUCCCCAUCUUUAUAGCCAUGAUGCAUCCAAAUGGAGUGGCAGCACAGACUCAGAAACUGAGGGUGGGAGAUCGGAUUGUUAGCAUUGGUGGAACAUCCACUGAAGGCAUGACUCACUCCCAGGCGGUCAGCUUGCUUAAAAAUGCUUCAGGCACAAUUGAAAUACAGGUUGUUGCUGGUGGAGAUGUCAGUGUCAUAACCAGCCAACAGCAAGAACCACCAACUUCUAGUCUUUCAUUUGCAGGACUAACCUCAAGCAGCAUCUUUCAAGAUGAUUUAGGACCUCCACAGUACAAAACCAUCACUCUGGAUCGAGGGCCAGAUGGGUUGGGUUUCAGUAUUGUAGGCGGGUAUGGAAGUCCUCAUGGAGAUCUACCCAUUUAUGUGAAGACGGUAUUUGCCAAAGGUGCAGCAGCAGAAGACGGACGCCUGAAAAGAGGGGAUCAGAUUAUUGCUGUCAAUGGGCAGAGCCUGGAGGGAGUCACCCAUGAAGAAGCUGUGGCUAUUCUAAAAAGGACAAAAGGAACGGUCACAUUGACUGUUCUUUCUUGAACCUUGUGUCCAAAGAGGCUGUCUCACUUGGGGAGACAUUUCAACAAGCAAUUUUCAAGCCCCCACCCGUAAAAGAUUCCUCUCCUCUAGGGAAGAGUAAGACAAAGAGUGGUGUUUUUUUCUUGUCAGUGUAUCUGGAUUGUGUGCAAAUGGUCUCCUUUCAAGAAGUAGUGUUCUUUCAUUUUAAGAAGCAAAGCAUACACAUAGAGCAAUCACAAAAGGACUGGGUGAAUUUUAAUAACAAGAUAAGCAGCCCUCUCUGAUGUUUCUGAUCCUUUAAAAUCCAUGAAAAAUGCUGCUGCAGCAGCAGCCACAGGCAUUUGUGCCUUGUGUUUUACAUGCUUCAAAGUGUUUUUCUGUAUGAAGUGUUAUUUGUCCAGUUAUUUAGUGCAAAACAGUUGUUGUUUUCGUUCUCCUUGUCUUGUUCAGAGUGGUGCAGAAUACCUUAGUCUCUUUUAGAAUAAGAAGAAUAACUUUGCAGUUUCUCUGCUCACAUCCAAAGACAAAACAAGUGAAAAUUUACAUGCCAACUUCAGAGGUUUGUUUUUCGUAGGGGGUGAGGAAGAAACUGGAGAAGACAAAGCAUUCAGAUGAAUGGCAGCCCUUCUUCCCAGCCACCUCAUAGCUUUUUGAAGGCCUCACAGUGGAGCAUUACUGCCACUGCCUGGACGCUUUCUCUAAAAGGUAUAUUUUUUCAUCUUUCUUAAUAGCACCAUAACCAUGCUGCAACCAAUCGGAGUUGACAUUGCUGUAGUUUUGAGGGCAAAGAUGGCCUCUUCAGAAUAACGGCAAUGUCUGUUUGAGAAAGCGCUGCCCUCUUUCUGUAUUAGCUUCGUUAAAAUAACUGGCCAUCCGCCCCCACUGCAACUAGUGAAUAAAAGCUGGUUUUCAAGCAAAAUAUGUGUUACAGGAACAGAGCUGCAGUCAUUUGUGGCCCUGAACAACAUAAAGCCAGGAUAAAAAGCACUUUGCUCAGUGCAGUCCCUUUUCCACACUGGAAAUAUUCGCAGGAGAAUUUUAGUUCUACCCUAAAAUUCCAUAAGGUGCUGUAACUUUUACAGCCAAAUUGGGAAACUAAACAAACCUUCAAUGUACAUCAAACACUGUAAUGGGAAAUGUUAGAUUCCUUGCUGUAGCAGUUAGGGUUUUUUUUUUUUUUUUUUUGUUCCUUGUUGCAGGAACUUCAAAUCUCUUGAUGCAACACCCCCUCCCAACAAAACACUCCUUUUUUCAAUGUAAUAGAAAAGGAAGACAUCUAAGAACAAAUUUGUUCUUUCCAUUUUGGUCUACUCUCAUCAGGUCUUGCCUGUUGGCUUAGAAAACAUUUAAGGAAGUAAAAGAGGCAGCUGUCUGUGCUUAAGUAUUGCUGAUUAGUGGCCAGGGCAGUCAAACAAAUACAAGAGACACAGGUAGUUUUUACUUGGAUUGAGAAUAAGGUUAAGAACUUUCUUCAGAUACUCUUAAAAAGCUGGUAGCUCAGUGCAAUUUACAGAACUUACUUUUAAGUAUCAUUAAUUACAGACAUUGUGUGGGGCCAGCCCACAUAAAGUACAACAACUGGAAGCAAUCAGUGUUGGUUUAUUUGUCUUGUCUACGCUAAUAAUUUAGAAUGUGUUAUACCUACUUUACAGUAUGGACAGCCACUUGAAAUAUUCUCUAUAUUUGUAACAGAUGUAGUGUACAGAUAUUUUAUUACUGCCAUUGUGUCCAAAUGCAGAAUUAGUUUAGUAAAUGUGACACUGUCUGUGGAGAUCAAAUAAAAUUUAA